UUCUACGGUCUAGUGUUCAGUGCCACGCUGCCCCCGUUAGAGUGAAGACCUACGACCACGUUGUUCUUCGAUCUGUUAGUAACUCUCCAUCGUCCAGUUUUUUUUUUUUUAUACCUGGACCCUUCAGCUACUAGUGUUCUUAUUUAUUUAUCGAACUUGUUUUUUUGUUGUUGUUGUUGGUAUAGUUACACGAGUGUAUAAAAUUACCAAACAAAAAAGGGGGGAAAGAAAUCGAUUGGAAGUCCAUCAAGUGCUCUGUUUAAUACUCAAAAAAACUACUUAACCUCUUAAUUUUAUGUAAAUGUCUUGCCAAUAAUUCAGUUUUGCCACGUGUGAAAACUAAGCCCAAAAUCGCGUGCAAGUGUGAGAGGCUUUUGUCGAAAAAAGGAUUCGGUUUUAUCGAUUGAAAACAAUAAAAAAAAAAAAGGGAAUCGUUUCUCUUGAAAUGGCGUCCAUCACGUGGUGCAUCUUGAGUUUAUUGGGCGCGCUGACGACGACGUCGGCCAUGCUGACAUUCCAUCAAGGUGGAUACAAUCAAUUGCAAGUGGCGCUAAAUCCUCAAACUCCCGCACCGGCCAAUUGCUCCCAAAUGUUCCACCAUCUUGAGAUGGUCAUCAGAGAAUCAUCGCGGCUCUUGCAUCAAGCGACGGACGGACGCGCGUUCAUCCGCACCGUUAGCGUCGUCUUGCCGACAGGAUGGGGCGUCGACGUCGGUUCGAUGUGCGCACGCAACGUCAGCCGCACCCGACUGGAAUCUUACGAUCAGGCCGACGUCCGCGUCUCGGCUCUACCUCAUCCGCUCUUCACAGGUGGCGCUGACGUCCUGUGGACUCAACAGUCGCGCGACUGCGGCAACCCUGGCGACUACAUUUCAGCCGGACCGGAUUUCUUUUUCAAAGCGACGCCGCAUCCAUCCGGAAGUAAUGUCUCCGACGUCUGGAUCAGAGGGCGUCGCUUUCUGCGCGAAUUCGCUAAAUAUCGAUACGGAGUGUUCGAUGUCAACGAACGCGUCGCUGCCCAACACGACGGCCUUUUCCCCGAUUUCUUCUGUCCGGCCUCUUCCGCCAGCAACGCCACCGGUCGAUCCAUCCAAGCCAAUCGAUGGGGUUGCGAUAAUUCGUCGAACGAGAAUUGCAUCAACGGCACUGCCCAAUCGUCUUCUUUCAUGACGGCGACCGCGUUUUGCGACGCUUCGUCGCACGACGAUAUGGCGCCGACGCAGCAGAACCUCCUCUGCUUCGGUCAGAGCAUCCGAGAUGUCGUCUUUAACCAUCAGGACUUGAGAACAAUGAACGGCCAAAUGUUUAACCGGCUGGAAACUGUUUUCCACUAUAAACAAGCUGCUCUUCCACGUUACGUUUUGGCCUUGGAUAAAAGUUCCCCUAUGGACGAACGAGAUCAUUGGAAAUACGUGAGGAGCGCCACUAGACGUCUGGUGCUGCACGAUCUUGCAGACGAAACGGAAUUGGGCAUUUUGAGUUUCGCCGACUCGGUGCAGAUCCAUACCGAUGGUCAAAAUGGGCCAAUGGUUCGUUUGGGUAGUCCCGGAAGUCGUGAACAAGUGGCUUCGGCCAUCCCCGUGUUCAUCACGAUGCCGUCGAGCGGCGCAACUGCAACUGGUUCCGUCCAGGAAUCCUGUCUGACUUGCGCCUUGGCCGAAGCGAUCGCGAUGCUGGAACGUGGAGGAGCUUCGUCCGCUGGUGAUGUGGUCGUUCUGAUAACGACUGGUUCGUCCAGUGCCGACCAGGUUCAAAGCGCUUUGGCUCUGGCCAGCCGCAAACAAGUUCGCGUCUCUGUCGUGGCUUUUGCUUACGUCCCUACACCCGGAACGCAACGUCCAGGAGCUUUGCGCAAUCUGCAAUCGCUAGCCGAAGCUACUGGCGGACGUAUGACGGCCGUGGCCAGCAAAGGCGUUGGAACCAUGUCGCAUAUUUCGAUGCUCAUCGAACUGGGCGAUGCGCUCCUUACUACCCUCGACUUCCACCAGGGCAGCGAUGGUGUCCCAACGCUGGUGCACGAACAAGAAUUUAGCAGCGAAUCGGCCAGCGGAUGGGUGAAUGGAACGUUUUACAUGGAUCCGUCGCUAGGUAGAGACACCGUCAUGGCCGUCUAUUUUUAUUCACGCGAUUUCAACACGCACGUCGGAGAUAUCCGACUCGUCUCUCCCGAUGGUGUCGAACACCGUGGCAUCUCUGAAACGGCCAUGGCCAGCCUUUACGUCACGCCCCUCGAACCCAUUGAAAAGUCUGGAGUGUGGCGCUAUUCGUUCGAUCGACGAUCGCAAAGUCAUCAAUCGCAUUUUGUUAAAGUGACGUCCAAGCAAAAAAUGAGGUCCAGCGCACAGCCCCAACUGCGCGGACCUCUGACAGCUAAACUCCGCAUUAUUCCACCGGCUGUUGGCGAUGCUCCUUUCAUUCUCUUGGCAACGGUCAAAUCGGGCGAAUUUCCAGUUUUGGACGCCAGAGUUCGGGCUAUUAUUCAAUUUACUGGAACACCUUCCAAUCUGGACUUGACCAGCAAUAGCACAAUGGUUGUUGAUUUGUUUGACAACGGCAACGCAGAUCCUGAUGUUACCCGAGGCGAUGGAGUUUAUUCGCGCUAUUUCGGCAAAUAUUUCCGUGGGGCUGGAACUUAUUCCAUCACUUUAUCCGUCGACGCCAUGGACGGAAGGGCUUACACUAUCCGCACGUCUCCGAGUUCCAAACAAAUCGAUUCGGUUGAAUGCUGCGGUAGUGUCAUUCGGAUACCCCUGGAACGUCGAGAACUGACUGGAGCGUUCAGUCGACUAGUUCCAGGUGGAGUUAUCAGCGCCGGAAGUAGCCAAUUGGCAAGUUCUCCGUCUGCGACCACUAACGCCACCUUGGGGCAAAUUGCGGAAGCGCUGGAUAUUCUUCCACCUUCGCGAGUCACUGAUUUACGCGUUCACGUGGAACCGACCACACAACGAGUCACUUUCCAGUGGACGGCCGUCGGUGAUGAUUUCGACAUUGGCACCGCCUACACGUACGAACUUCGUAUGGCAUCGAACAAAACUUGGCUGAAAUCACAAUCGACGUUCCAGCAAGCCGAAACACUUCCUGCACCUACCCCACGUUCCAGCGGAGAUGCAAUGGAUUUGACUCUAAUGGAUUUCGAUCGCUACGAUCGCUGGUUUUACGCGGCCAUCCGAGCAGUAGACAGACGUGGCAAUCGAGGCCGGAUUUCCAACUUGGUCCAGCUGUGGAUGCCCAGUCCACCUACAACAACAACAACCCCUGCUCCUGUCUGGCCGGCAACUUCCCUCUCUGUCAAUGACGUUCCCCCCCAAUGGUUCGCUGGAGGCGGAUUGAGCACCGUUCACUGGGCGGCCAUCGUUGCGGGCAUCUGCGUCGCGUUGCUCAUCCUCGUCCUGGCCGUCUAUUUCGUCAUUGCAGCCAAGAGGCGUAAGGACAAGGAGCAAAACAGCAAAUCCGGGCCGCCUAAAUUCGCAUACGUUCCGACCACCACGCCCAACAGCACGUUGUACCCUACACCGGAGAACAAGAGCAUCUCGACGAUCGAUCUGGCCGACCAGGAUCAGAACAAAGAGAUUCUUAGCCAAUACCAAUCUGGAGCUGUUACCAUCUACGACGGGAGAACUGUUCCAGUCCACUGGAGCGCUUCGCAGCUGUUGCAAGAACACGAGCGCCGUCACAGCCCUUGCGGCCAGAACGAACCUAACGAUCAUUUCACAGCGCCCAACGAUUCCGCUUUCAUCAGCGGAAGCUAUCACUUGAAUUCGGGCAGUGCCAUCUAUGGGGGCAUGAUUCAUCCCGAUCAGCAGAACAUCUAUACUCAAUCGUCUGCCUCCGCCACUCCGCCUUCGGCUGAUUACCGGCCUUAUUCGGUGGAUUACGAAGGCUCUUCUUCUGUCGAUCAAGAUGGCGGCUAUUAUCCGUCUGGACACAACAACAACACGAAAUCACGUCCGCCGACGUUCCCCAAACCGACGUCCGUCGUGGGAAAUGGAACGGGCCGGCUGAUGUCUCACCUGCCACUUCACGGAUCGUUCACGUCGUUGGCAUCCGAGCGCAAGAAGCGCAACGUCACUCAAGUCUGAAGUUUUCUUUUUUAACAACAUGCCGAUAAGCAAAAAAAAAGUUUCCCUUUAUUGAACGGAAAGCUCUUUCUAGUCUACGGUCGUGACUUGACGUGACCACUUUUUUUUUUCCGAACGACACGCGGAUCUGAUUGUAAAACGUAUGCAAAUAUUUGGUGCUCUUUCAGGUGUUCUUCUCGUGUAACUCGAUCGCCGUUUUUCUUUAAUUAGAAGACUUUUCGUGUAUGUGUUUGUUUUUUUUUGCAUUCUUUUUUAAAAUGUUGCGUGGAAUCGACAGUAAUCGACUAUUGUACAGGAUGCAUUUUGAAAUGAUGCAAUUUUUUAAAAAAUGAUAAUUGAUAACGUUUGACUCUUUUCUAUUUUUCCUCGUGUUUCAGAUACGUGUAGAUAUCUGAUGAGCAGUUUAUUAAGUGCUGUAUGAACAUUGUCAAGUCACUGCUAUUAUUGUAUUAUUCGUUACUUUUAUAUAACGAACACAAUUUCUCACUGUUUGCUUUUUGUAAGAUCAAUACAUUUUCUUUUUUUAGAAAUGUUUA